AACAAAAUGUCCGUUUUUAUUUACAAUGGCUUUCCAUGAAUUUUCAUGGUAUACACAUUAAACCGAGUGCUCGGGAAAUAGAAAAUAGCCAAUUCGGAAAAGAGCGUUUCGUAUAAUUUUUCCAUUGAAUUGUAUCGAAGGGGUGUGCUGGUCGACUGACAGUAUGAAAACGUCUUGAACUACUGUUGAUAAAAUGCUCUAGGAAUAACCUUGUCUCGAGGAAUAUUGAGUGGCAUGAGAUGAACAGAAAACAAUCAUGACACAAUUUACAAGGUUUCACCGGCGGCAUAAAAGGACGUUGGUUCUAUUAGGAAUUUUAACUUUAGUUUUCUUUGUUACGGCUCAGUUUGUCACAAGAUGGAAACAACCAUACUUUGCUAACAUUACAACGGAAUGGAAUUGGAAUUCGAAAACAAAUGAAAACCUAAGAAGGGAACAUAAAUAUUACAUUAAGGUUCGUGGAGAAGAUAGUUACUUUCUAUCAGCUAUAGCAAGGCCUGAUACAGAAUCUACUAAUCAGUUAAACAUCGUUUUAUCAGGAUUGGAUGGUACGAGAGGAUAUGGUAAAUUUGUAUGUUGUGUUUCACGAUCCGAUGGAUCUAUGCUAACAACUCCUGCUGAAUUUUAUCAUAAACAUAACCAUCAUCAGUUUCUUCCUGCAAUAACACAGUUAUUUUUUCACGCCGAAUAUGAUGCCACUCAAUAUGUGUGUAAAGUUCAACAAACUGGCAAGGGAGUUAAACAUGUAAAUAUAAGUCUAACCACAACUGCCUGUAGUGAUAAUGCAGCGGAUUAUUUACCUAUUAAACAUCAAAAGCAAGCGAAGCAAGGUCUAGCUAUCUGUGCGAAAGUAGCUUAUGGACAUUUAUUAAAGCCAUCUAGAUUAAUUGAGUGGUUUGAGAUGCAGAAGAUGUUAGGUGUAGAUAAAAUACUUGUAUAUGAUUUAGCUUGUGGUGACGAUAUUAAAACAGUAUUUAGACAUUAUGUGGAUGAAGGUUUAUUAGAAGUACAACCAUAUUCUUUACCUGGAAAAAUGCCAGGAUUGGUGCAGCGGAGUUUUGUUAACCGGGUAAAACCCCAGGAUUCCCACGACGAAGCUUUGACUAUAUUAGACUGUCACCAGAGAUUGGGAGGUUACCAGUAUUUGAUGGCUGCUGACUUUGAUGAAAUUAUUAUACCAAACAAUUUUUUAACUUUAAAACAACUGCUAAAAAAUUUAACUAGUGAAAAUCCUACAGCUGCGGGAUUUUACUUCUAUGUUCAGUUCCAUUUAGAGGAUUGGGGUAGAUACAGAAAUGAUACGGAUAUAUUCUUUCAACAACAUUUAAGAUCUGCCAAACCGAGAUGGGAAUGUCAGAAAUACAUUUAUCUGCCGUCCAGAGUUCUCACCGCCAUUGUUCAUUAUUUUUCCCCAAUUGGUUCUUUUACUAAUAUAUACGUGAAACCCGAAGUAGCUGCAAUACACCAUUAUAGACAAUGCCCUCAAGGCUGGACAAACUGCUACCCAGAAAUUAUUGUAGAUGAACAGGUUAUGAAAUAUGAAAAAUUACACACUAAAAAUACUCAUGAGGUUUUAAAAAAGUUAAAUAUGAAAUCUUAUGAUAGUCUCGUAUAAACAGUCUUCAUAUUAUUGAUCAUAUUCACAAAAUCAUUAGCAUCGUCAUCAUUACCAUCACCAUCAUCAUCAUCAUCAUCAUCAUCACAUCAACCCAAUACCAAAACUAUUUACAAAUUUGAGUAAUUCCUAAUGCCCCAAUGCGCCAGACAGCGUAAGAUAUAAUUACAUAUUAUAUUUAUAAUGUGGUGUAAGGUUAUUAUCAUUUAUUAUACAUAAUAUUUAUAUUUUACAUGUUCUCAUAAUAUCUGUUUGUUUAAUUUAAUUUUAAAGUGUAUGACCUCUUUGACUUGGGUAAAACGUAGCAUUUAAAAUUUGUUAAUUUCCUUUUUGGAAGUCUGAAACGAAAAUAAAUUUAUUAGUAGACAAAGAUUCAAUGGAAAAAGAGUUUUUCAUCGUUAAUUGAUAUAUCACUUUGGAUUAACCCAGUUCAAUACUUUAGUUUGACGGGAUUAACCCCCUUUUAUAUGUGUUGAUAAUAUGACUAGACAUUCCUAGUUAAUUGGGUAAAACUUUGUUUAUUUCAAUCAAAGGGAGAUAAACAGGCUUAAUGUAUGGAUAUGUCUCUUUUAAAGCCUGCACACACCAAACACUUUUUGUGACUAACAGUCCAUCUCUCCUGGGUGACAAUCUGUCUGACAACCCAGGUUGAGACUAUAAAAGUAUCCACUGCUUCAAAAAGUUGCACUUCAGUAAGAUAAAAAAAAGUUAACCAGGGACUUUCAACCUGAAUGAACCAGUUUAAAGAUGCAUUAUGUACGAUUUAGAUAAAAGACUAGUCGUUCUUGCUAUAAUAAUUAACAAUAAAAGAUGAUAUAAAAUGAAUAUAUUGAAAAUGUCAUUCAAAGUACUUUAUUCUGAGCGAAGAAAUCAUUGUUUGAUGUUUUGACAAGAUGUGACAUAGUGUAUAUUAUCUAACAGUGGUACUUGUGAUACGAGGCUUAGCCUCGAUUCGCCAUUUUAGAUCGAAUCAUUAAAUGGCGACCGUGUUUCACUCCGUUUCAAUCCCCGCGAUCCAAUUGUCUAGACAGUUGAUUAUAGGCUUGCCUCGUGAAUAAAUGUCUAAAUAAUAGUUUAUGUAACAUUUGAAGCCAAAAGAAAAGGCUGCAGUAGGCAGAUUUAGCUCGUGCAACCACCCCUUUAAACAAACUGUUUAGUAAUCCAGAUUGACGGUGAUAGAUUGUCAGAAAAUUGCACACAUAAUAUAGCAGACGUUUGAGACAAUUUGUUGGUCUGCAAAAUUUAUCUCAGACCAAUGAUUAUUCGUCGCCGAUGUUCUUGGCCAACAAAUAAAAGUUUUUGUGUGUGUAGGCUUUAAUCGUUGUUUUAUUUUUAUUACUUGUUAUAUUAAAAGUUUCUUGCCAUAUCUCUCUAACGUAAAAAUGGAUAAUCGAGACUUUGUUUAUUAUCGUAACAACGGUAACAAUGACAAUCGAUGAUACACUGUUCUUGUAAUGGGGAUAACUCAGCUCAGAGUGAAGUAAUUUGACUCAAAUUUUCAACAUAUUCCCUUUUUAUUACCUACAUUUGUAUUAUAUUAUUAAAGCAAAAACUCUUAGCUCUUUAUCUAAUCUUACAUAAAGUCCCUUUAAUAAUGCUAUGUUUUGUAUAUUUUUUUAUUAUUUAUGCUCUUAAAUCCAGUUUAGAAAUCAUGCCUAUGAUUGCCUAAAUAUUGUACAGGAAGUUAAAUAUUAAUUUGUAAUGUGAGCAAAGUUUUUAUGCCCGGUUUUUCUUAAUUAAUUUCUGAUAAAUAUUUUUGAUUUUCAAGAAGAAGUAGGCCUUUUGUAGGUUAUUCAGAACAUACUUUAUCAUAAUAUUAUUUGAGAUGACUGUGUAUUAUUGUUUAUUUAUUUCACAUUCCUUUUGAGAUCUAAAAGAUGUAAUUUUUGUAACCUGUUUAUAUUUUUUAAAGUUUUAUUAAAGACGUUAUAAAAGCAA